AUGGCUGACGAACCGCGACCUCGUCUUUCCCCCAUCCAUACCCGAAAUCUGAGUACUGUCACCAUCGAAUCCGACAGCUCAGACAGUUCUCCAUGUCCAGGCGAUGAUGAGGACACCGAUUACUUUAUGGCACAUGCCAAUGAUUCACAGUCUUCCCUCGGUGCCGUUACCGCCAUUCGUGACUGCGACGACGAUGUCGACCUCGAACAAGUCCACCGUCUCUCCCCCAUCUCCAAAUUACCUCCCGAAAUCCUCAUUGCUAUCCUGGCAAAACUGACCACCACAUCUGACCUACGAAACUGUAUGAUGGUGUCGUAUCACUGGGCCUUGUACACAGUGGGCAUUCUGUGGCACCGCCCCCUAUGCAACAAGUGGACAAACCUGCUUAACGUCGUGGCAGCUUUGGGGAAGGGCGACAAGAGCUAUUUUCCAUAUCACGAGAUGGUCAAGAGACUGAACCUAUCCGCAAUUGCAGACAAGAUCAAUGACGGCACAGUCCAGCCAUUUAUGAACUGCAAGGGUGUCGAACGCCUGACCUUGACCAAUUGCUCGAAUCUGACCGAUUUCGGUGUUGCAGGAUUGGUGGAUGGCUGCAGGAAGCUCCAAGCGCUGGAUGUUACUGAUUUGGACGCCUUGACAGACCGCACGCUGCAUGUGGUGGCUCAGAAUUGCGCAAAAUUGCAGGGUCUCAACAUCACAAAUUGUUCCAAUAUCACCGACGAGUCUUUGGUCGAGAUCGCCAAGAAUUGUAGGCAACUCAAAAGACUGAAACUCAAUGGCGUGGUGCGAGCGACCGACGCCUCCAUUACGGCAGUUGCGAGGAAUUGUCGAUCUAUCCUAGAAAUUGACCUCGCUGGCUGCCAUUCCAUUACCUCGGAAUCCGUCACUGCGUUGCUAUCGAAUUUGUCCCAUCUCAGGGAGCUGCGCCUGGCUCAUUGCAGCGACAUCAAUGAUUCAGCCUUUACAAACCUAUCCCCGCGGCUUACCUUUGACGCGCUGAGGAUUUUGGAUCUGACCGCUUGUGAACAAGUCCGAGACGAUGCUAUUGCAAGGAUUAUUCCGGCCGCGCCUCGUCUGAGGAACCUGGUAUUGGCCAAGUGCAGACACAUUACAGAUCGCGCAGUUGCUUCCAUCUGCAAACUGACCAAGAAUCUGCAUUACAUCCAUCUGGGCCAUUGCGUCAACCUGACGGACAAUGCGGUCAUACAGCUGGUGAAGGCUUGCAAUCGAAUUCGAUAUAUUGACCUGGCAUGUUGCUCACGACUGACAGAUGCUAGCGUUCGCCAUUUAGCACAACUUCCCAAGCUGCGCAGAAUUGGUCUGGUCAAAUGCCAAAACUUGACGGAUGCAAGCAUUAUGGCGCUGGCCAGGGGCCCACUAUUGUUCAGUCCGGGCGGGAAGAUCGGGGUACCCUCACAAUUUGUAUCUCUCGAAAGAGUCCAUCUCAGCUACUGCGUGAAUCUGACGCUCAAGGGAAUUACAGCACUUCUUCACCAUUGCCCUCGGUUGACCCACCUGUCAUUGACCGGCGUGCAAGCAUUUCUUCGUGAAGACUUGACCCGCUUCUGCCGCGAUGCCCCGGCCGAGUUUACCCACCCCCAACGAGAUGUUUUCUGUGUCUUUUCUGGAGACGGUGUUCAGCGACUUCGGGACUACCUCUUGCGCCUUGCUAUGGACGAAGUGCAACGAGAAGGUCGUGAUGCGAUUGACGACAGUCUGCUUGAUGGAGUCGACAGUCCGGGUGCGGACACCCUGUCGGACGAUGGCACGAUUGAUGGGAACGAACACUUGAUGGAUCCUGUGCUCAAUUCCCAGCGACACGGCUUGUCCUUGGCCAUUGUACCUCGAUCGCGACCCCGACGGCGAAGUUUACAUGAGCUUCCCAGUCAUGUUGAGAUGCCACUGCUGCCAUUUGAUCAGAUUCAACCAAUGGGCCCAUGGACGCCUGGUGCAGCUUUCCCACCUGAGUCCCGCACAUCCCAAGCUUCGCCACAUGUUAAUCUCAUGCAUUCCAAUACCCUAUAUCAAUCCGAGCCAUAUGAGCGUCGAUCGCGGAGCCCUGGUUAUUCAAACGCGUUUGAUCUAGCAGCGGAGUAUGGUGAGCGUGCGAGGAGCACAUCGCGAACUCCAUCGCGGAGACACACCCUAGAGUCAACUUCGAGUCUCUACGCGCCUCCUCCUGUUCCGAUACAUGGAUUUGGAGAAAGCAGUUCUCGGCCUCUCGAACUCGGUCACUAUUCCAACGAUCCACGAGCCGGAUACUUCGGGCUAGACGACCCGAGGAGAUUUCCUGGCUGGCCAAAUCCGCAUUUGUUUGCAUCAGAACCCCCUCGAAGGCACAUUCCAGGAGCGUCUUUCAGAAACCCUGCCGAUGUGCGGCAGUCGUUUUUGCGACCUGAACCAGGUUUCAGCGCCUUUGACGCUAACCACGAAGCAAUAAUGUCCACCAUUCCAGGUAGUCGGCCUGGUAGUCGACAUCCAUCACGAUCCAACAGCCCUCACCUGUCCAGGGUGAAUAGCAGGUCGAGACUGAGCAGUCUUCUAGCACCUCCGCGGAGCUUCUCGUCGACCCCACUCAGUCAAGGAGACGAUGCGAGGCGCAGCAGUCGGGAGCGGCGAAGCCGAGAAAGGUCCCGCAUGGAGGAAGAAGCACAACGGGAAGCAAUGCUGCGGGCACUUGCAGAAGCUGAUGCUGCCGAUCAAUUGAGACCGGACCUCCCUCGGACUGAAUCGGAUCGGCAAAUUGAGCUCCCUUUGUUACCACCCGACUUAAUAGAACGGGUAGCAAGAACGCCUCUCACGCGGGCAGAACCAACACCAAACAUUCGUUUUGAAGUGGAGGACCCAGAGUCUACUGAGGAUCCAGACCAGGACGUUACAAUGACACAAUAA